UAGGAUUAACCCUCUCCGCGCCCGGCCAGUUGCAGUCCCCAAAGGGGUAGAAGACUGCAAGCUGACUGGUCUGGAGAGGAUGGGGUGGCACUAAGCCUGGAGACCCCGGCAGAAUCUGUGGUUGGAGGCUUGGACAGGUUGGCACCCCCGCCGGGCCUUUGAUCGUCCUGGGACGGCCACCGCACGCUGCGUAGAUGUCCUUGGCAUCAACUUGCGGACCCGUCCAGGAGGUCAAUCGGAAGCCUCCGGCUAGUGGCGAGAGGGAACCCAGGUGUCCGGGCAGUGGGCGCUGAGGGAGUUGGAGAUGUGCAUCUAGAGAGGCACCGCGACCCUUGCCACCUGUCUCUCCACCCACACACCGAGAUCCUCUCCACCCAUCCUGGCCCCACCCACGCUGCCUUGGGGUAGCAAAAGGAGUCUCCUCAGUCGCAGCUUCUGACCUCCCGGGGUGUCUCACUCAGGCCUCUAAAGAGCUUAGUUUGCUCCUCUGGAAAAUGGACCAGUGACUUACAGAGGCGUGUGCCAGGGAGGAGUUGGGGGCGGGGGGCGGCCUGGAGCCUGCUCACACACAGGCUUGUUCUUGCAGAGUCGCUCAAAAGUAGGGCCCCAAGGCUCAGAGCAGCUGGGUAUGGGUACCGAAAAUGAAAGUCCAGAGCCGGACUGCCAGAAACAGUUCCAGGCCGCAGUCAGUGUCAUUCAGAACCUGCCUAAGAACGGCUCUUACCGCCCCUCCUAUAAAGAGAUGCUGCGAUUCUACAGCUACUACAAGCAGGCUACCAUGGGGCCCUGCCUGGUCCCCCAGCCUGGGUUCUGGGACCCUAUUGGACGUUAUAAAUGGGAUGCCUGGAACAGCCUGGGAAAGAUGAGCAGGGAGCAGGCCAUGUCCGCCUACAUCACUGAAAUGAAGCUGGUGGCCCAGAGGGUGAUCGACACGGUGCCCCUGGGCGAGGUGGCAGAGGACAUGUUUGGUUACUUCAAGCCCCUGUACCAGGUGAUCCCUGACAUGCCGAGGCCCCCGGAGACCUUCCUGAAAAGGGUCACAGGUUGGAAAGAGCAGGUACUGAAUGGAGAUGCUGAGCCUGCCCCAGAGCCUCCCUGCCUUCCCAAGGAACCAGCACCCCCAAGCCCAGAGUCCCAGCCACCCAGGGACCAGGACUCUGAGGUUUUCUGUGAUUCCAUGGAGCAGCUGGAGCCUGAGCUGCAGGUUUGGGCAGAGACGGGCGCCCUGGGAGGACAGCUCAACACCAGAAACAGCACCGAGUCUCCUGCAGAGAAAGGGAGAUUGGAAAGCACCCUGCUGGGGCCCCAGGAAUUGGACACAUGGCUGGUGGGGACAGUUCGGGCGCUGCAGGAGAGCAUGCGGGACGUCCAGGGGAGACUGCAGAGCCUGGAGAGCAUGGCUGUCCCCUGCAAGCAGAGAAUGGUGUGGCUCAUGGUGCAGGCAAGGAAGUCAGGGGAUCUGUAGUGCAUCCAGCCUGGAAGUGGGAGAGGCCCUCCUUUCCUGCUCUUAUCUCCCUCUGCCUGAAGAGUAACUGAGGACAGAUGGAAUUCCAACAGUUGGAGGGGCCAGAAUGUGUCUGCUCUUUGCAUUGGGGCUGGGGGGGGGGGUUGUCCCUAUUGCCCCUCAGUCAGGACUUCUGUUCCCAGAUUUAUUGUCUCGCCCUCCCCAAAUUCAGCCCUUGCAUCCCUCACUCCCUCCUCUCAGUUUCUAGAUCUGCUUGCCCCUUACACCUCUUGCUUAUGCAAAAUAAAUAACAGCAGCCAUUUCUGGAACCCCAGCUGUGUGUCAAACACAUUACCUGCAUUAUCUCAUUUUAUCCUCAAAACAAACCAGUGAAAUAGGUUUUCUUUUCAUUUCCCUUUUACUGAUGAGGAAACUAGAGCUGUGAAAUGUUGAGUAACUUACCUGAGGGUACACAGCCUGGAAGAACCUCACAGAGCUGCUGUGAGGAUUAGAUGAGAUAAUGCAUGUAGGUGCUUCCGCAGUGCCCGGGAAGGACUUCUCAAAUGGGGUUCAUUGUUAGAUUAACAUUAAGUAAUGGAGCUGGGAGUGGCCGUAGGUCUGUCUCCCACCAAAGCUGGCAUCCACCGCUCACUAUGAGUGAGUCUGUUCUUGCGAAGCCUGGAGUGGUGGGGGCAGGGGACGGCUGAGUUCCUGGAUGUGGGGGAAUCACUCACGUGACCCUUCACCCCCUUGGCACAGUGGGUGUCAGCCAGGUUGGCAGGAAUUCCCUCAGAUCCACAGCAGCUAACCUUUCAACACUCACCCCCCAGGGUUUUAUUUAUUGUUUACCUUUUACUAAUUUUAUAUGCUGAAGAUUUUAAAGGUUUCCACCCUGAGAUACUUGGGUUUGCAUCUCUAAAAAUAAGGACAUUCUACUACCUAGCAGAAACAACAUUUUAUCACACACGGUAAUUCCUUCAUAUCAUCAAAUACACAAUCCAAAUUCAGAUCGCCUUUUCCAGCUUCCCUGUCUGUCCAGGCCAGAAGCCUCUGUUCUUAAGACUCUGGUAGUCUAGACUAGUCCCUCUUCCUUGCUACUGACUUGCGGAUGAGACUGGAUAGUGGUCCUGUAGAAUGUUCCACUCCUGUGGUCUGAUGACAGCCUCCUGGCUAGUUUACAUGACCAGAUUACAUCAGAGGUGAGAUGUUCUUUCUUUACAUCAAGGGACACAUAUUUGGAUGUCCUACCAUGAAUGAUUCUAGCGUGGACCACUAGCAGGGAUGAAGGGGUGACAGUCUGUUCCCACCACUUGCAGCCAGGGAAUGUCCAGUUCCCCAUCAAGCCCAUUUGACACACAGCUUUUGACAGUUGAUAGAUACUCCUUGCCUGGAUCAAUAAUUUAUUUACUGGUUACAAAAAAACAAUGUUGACUUUUAAAUUCUAUGAUUCCUUUAACAUUUAUUAGCUGUCAUUUUUCUGUAGAGUUUCCCUGAUCAUCUAGGAUUUCCCUGAAAUACAGUGCCUUAUGGAAGGCAGAAUAAGUGCUUAAUUCUUUCUCUUUAAUUAUCUAUUUUUAGAGUAAGGAGUUGAUUUAACAGCCACCUCAAUGGUGAUAAAUUUCCACUUUCUCUUUGAGUAUCAUCAUGAACUCACGGAUUUUAAAGACUCAGUAUUUCAGUCAACUGCAAUCAUCAUUCUUUUUGAUGCCCAGGCUGUCACAACUUUGGUGGGACCCUCCCUUUCAAGCUGGGUCCUAUGUUCUUGUAAUCUGACCUCAUUAAUCUUUAAAAGCUUCCUUGCUUCCUGGUACAAGACAUCUCACUUUCAAUUCUACCUUCCCUGCUCCAGACCUAAAAUCUGCUACUUCUCCAUUCAGCAGAGAAUGGUAUUUAGAAACUAAAAUCUGAGCACCCAGGGUCCUCGUUUGAAAUAUGUGGCACAUCCUUUACAAUAUGGGGUGUUCGGGCCACACCAACAGGGUCACUGCUUUGUGGCCCAGAGGAGACAGCCUUGAAGCCAGUCUCUCCACUCAGCAGCCUCUCCAGCCUUCAGCCUUCUCAGCACCUUGGAGGAGGAUAUGGGAAAGAGUUAGGGCUCAACGUGUCAGGGACUAACUGGGAGCCCCAGUCCUCAGACUGGGGAGAGGGAGGCAGAAGCUCCCACCUGAGCUCUGCAAGCAGGUUGCGAAGGAGUGCCCAGCCUGUGCUGAGGCCCGGGCUGGCUCCUGACUCUCUCCUCUUGGCGGCAGAGGCCUCCGCCCCGUGCCAGGCCUUGGCCCCUCAGGCUCUCUGCUCCCACGCUGCUCUUCUUCCUCCUGUGGCCCUUCAUCGUCCAGUGGCUCUUCCGACAGUUUCGGACCCAGAAGAGGUGACUCUCAAUGGAG